AUGUCGCCAUCGACGAAGAAAGAGAGGGCGGCAGAGGCCAGGGCGAGCUCGUCAAAACCGAUCGUCGCGGGGGCUCCCCAGGUUCAGCGGCGGAGGGUGAGCGGAGGCGGGUGGACGAGCCGCCGGAUAUCCUUCUACGCCUCCCGCGUCUACUUCCUGCUCAUCAUCCUCCAGAUCCCGCUCUUCAGGGUCCCUUGUAGAGCAGGCACAUGCACUACACCUAUUCAAAUUACAUCUUCACAGUUGGUCUCAAAUGAGAUAUUCCCACCAUCUGUUGUGAAGGCCAUGCUCUACCCUGGAGCUAUAGUGCGCAACCUCACUACAAGCAUGCGCAUGACAUUUCCAAGGUGGAGUGACCUGUUUGACAUAUACAAUCUGACAGAAGCUAAGAAUGCUUCAGCAGUAAUUGAUCUACAGCGUCUAGAGAUGCUUGCUGGAAGCUACUUCUGUGUUGCUGGAGCACUCGUUGGCAUCAUUAAUCCUGGGAGGAUGAUCUUGUUUGGUACGCUUUUGGUUAUCUGGGGUCUUGUGAAAGAUGCGCUCUUUCGGAAGCCUGUGAUCAGUGAUCUAACAGAACCAGUAUAUGUCUAUCCUACCAUUUUGAUUGCACUGAUUUGUUCAUUCAUGUCAAUAACAUACAAUGUGAAGAAGAAGGCGAUGAGCAGCCAGUCUGUUUCUAUCUCUAAGCCACUGCAAAGUUCUGCCAAGUCAAAACUGAAGUAG